CGGAGGUGCAGCCGGACCAGCAGCCCCCACGCAGAUUCAAGACCAUCGAAUCCGUCCAAGUCCAGACCGAAAUUUCUCUCUCCGUCUAACACGCGCUCUCUCUCUCCUCCCCUCCACCUUCCUCCCGCCCCAGAUCCGAGCCCCCCGUCGCCCGCGGCCAUGGCGAGCGACAGCGACGUCGACGAGGACGAGCUCCUCCAGAUGGCGCUGCAGGAGCAGGCGGCGCGGGACCUCAGUCACCAGCGCCCGCCCGCCGCCAACAAGCCCGUCGUCAACCUCGUCCGCCCGCACGCCCCCAACGCGCGCGGCGGGGGCAACGCCCGCCCCCCAGCGAAGGCGCGCCAGCCCAGCCGCGGCGGCGACGAGGACGAGGACUCCGAGGUCGAGCUGCUCUCCAUCUCCUCCGGCGACGAGGACGACAACCCUCGCGCCCGCGGCCCCCCGCCGCCCCGAGGGGGCGGCGGCGGGCGCGCCGGGGCGCGGAGGGCCGCGUCGCGGGACGACGAGGACGACGACGACGACGAGCCCAGGAGCUGGAAGCGCGUCGACGAGGCAGAGCUUGCUCGCAAGGUUCGAGAAAUGCGCGAAGCAAAAGUAGCUCCUAGUAUUCAAGCAUUUGAUCAGAAAGCAGCAGCAGCUGCUGCAGCAGCAGCCCGGAAGGCCCUCACAAGUGUACAGACCCUACCAAAAGGAGUAGAGGUUUUGGAUCCAUUGGGCCUUGGUGUCAUGGAUAAUAAAUCCCUGCGAUUGAUCACUGAUGCCUCAGUAAGUUCUCCGGUUUCAAGGGAGAAGUCUCAAGGUUUGGACCCCAAUCUGCGAGACAAAGUUGUAUAUUCGUCUCCAAAUUUUGAUCCCAAGGUUUUCCUUUCGUGGGUCCACAAAGACACAAGUGCUGCUGACUUAGAGUCUGGUGCUCUCACCUUGAAAACUGAUCUCAAAGGGAGAACGCAGCAGAAAAAACAGUUAGUCAAGGAGAACUUUGAUUGUUUUGUCUCGUGCAAAACUACAAUAGAUGACAUUGAGUCGAAAUUGAGACAGAUAGAGGAAGAUCCUGAAGGUGCAGGUACUUCUCAUUUGCAUUCAGUCACACAAAAAAUUAGCGGCGUGGCAAAUCGUGCAUUUGAGCCUCUAUUUGAGAGGCAGGCACAAGCUGAGAAGAUCAGAUCUGUCCAGGGAAUGCUUCAAAGAUUCCGAACAUUAUUUAACCUACCAAGUGCAAUCCGUGGGAACAUUAGAAAAGGAGAAUACGAUCUUGCUGUCAGAGAGUACCAAAAAGCAAAGUCAAUUGUUCUUCCUUCCCAUGUGGGGAUACUAAAACGUGUACUUGAGGAAGUGGAAAAGGUGAUGCAAGAAUUCAGGGGCAUGCUUUAUAAAUCAAUGGAGGAUCCUCAUCUUGACCUUGCUGAGCUUGAGAACAUUGUUCGUCUACUGUUGGAGUUGGAACCUGAAACGGAUCCAGUGUGGCACUAUCUAAAUAUUCAGAAUAGUAGGAUCCAUGGAUUGUUUGAAAAAUGUACUCAAGAUCAUGAAGCAAGAAUGGAGAUUUUGCACAAUAAAAUUCGUGACAAAGUGCUAUCUGAUUCGAAGUGGAGGAAGCUGCAACAAGAUUCAAAUAAAUCUUUGGAAGUUGAUUCCACCAUCGGUGAUUCUCCCCGAACUGAUCAGUUGUCAACAAACGUUAUGGCUGAAGAAGCUGAUGGUUUAAGGGCUAGCUACAUUCGUAGGCUAACUUCUGUACUUAUCCAGCAUGUUCCAGCUUUCUGGAGAUUAGCUUUAUCUGUCUUCAGUGGAAAAUUUGCCAAGGCAGCUACUGGGACUGUAGUUUCUGAUGCUGACAUGAAUGCAAAGCCAGUUGCAAGUAAGACUGAUGAGAAAGGUGGAGAAGCAAAAUACACGAACCAUACUCUUGAUGAAGUUGCUAGUAUGGUUCGGGCUACCGUGUCAGCUUUCGACACCAAGGUUCAGAAUACCUUCCGUGAUUUUGAGGAAUGCAACAUUCUUUCUCCAUACAUGAGCGACACUAUAAAAGAAAUAGCUAAGGCCUGUCAGACCCUUGAAGGGAAGGAUUCGUCUCCAACUGCUGUUAAAAUGUUGCGCGCCCUUCAUUUUGAAAUGACAAAGCUUUACAUUCUGCGGCUUUGUUCAUGGAUGCGGGCAACAACUAAGGAGAUAUCAAAAGAUGAGACUUGGAUUACUUUAUCCACCCUUGAGAGAAACAAGUCUCCAUAUGCAAUUUCAUGCAUGCCAUUGGAAUUCCGUGACAUUGCAAUUUCAGCGAUGGACCGGAUUGAUACUAUGAUUCUUAAUCUGAUGAGUGAGACUGCGAAAUCAUAUGACAUUUCUCAACCACUUCAGGAAAUUAAUGAGUCUGUCAGACUUGCAUUUUUAAAUUCCUUUCUGGAUUUUGCUGGUUACCUAGAGAGGUUUGGAGGGGAACUAGCUCAGAACAGAUCAAACAAAGAAAACAAUUAUGUCCAAAAUGGUUACAUAAAUGGUACUAGAGAAACAUCCACUACCAUAGAUGGGGAUUUGCACAAGAAGCUACUGGUUAUUUUGAGUAACAUUGGGUAUUGCAAAGCUGAACUUUCAGAUGAACUGUAUACCAGAUAUAGACAUAUUUGGUCUCCAGUCAGGAAUAAUGAUGAACGAAGCUCUGACAUGCGAGAUCUGAUGACAUCUUUCUCUGCACUUGAAGAGAAAGUCCUGGACCAGUAUACUUUUGCUAAGUCAAACUUGAUCAGAAGUGCUGCACAGAGUUAUCUUUUGGAUUCUGGGAUUAACUGGGGAGCAGCACCAUCAGUAAAGGGCAUUCGGGAUGCAACUCUUGACUUACUACACAUCCUUGUAGCAGUACAUGCAGAGGUAUACUCUGGUGCUCGGCCUUUGUUGGAGAAGACGAUGAAAAUUUUGGUGGAGGGUUUGGUUGACAUUUUCCUUAGUGUUUUCCAUGAGAAUAAGACAAAAGAUAUCAGACUGUUAGAUGCAAACGGUUUUUGUCAGCUCAUGCUUGAGCUUGAGUACUUUGAGACAGUACUGCAUGCAUACUUUUCAUCUGAGGCAGAGCAGGCUCUGAAAUCCUUUCAAGAGAAUUUGUUGGAAAAGGCCUGUGAAAGUCUGGCAGAAGCCUUGGAGAAUCCUGGACACCAACGUCGACCAACUCGUGGUAGUGAAGAUGCUGCCUCAGAUGGACAAGCAUCAGUUUCACCUGAUGAUUUGCUUGUGCUUGCUCAACAGUACAGUAGUGAUCUGCUGCAAGCGGAGCUGGAGAGAACCCGGUUAAAUAUAGCAUGCUUCAUGGAGUCGACUAUCCAAUCGACAUCUGCACCGGCAGGCUCAAAGUCUGCUGCUUAUUCUUCUUACCAGGCACCAGCGCCACAACACGCACCGGUUCAAACCUCCUCGCCUAGUUUUAGACGGCAGCAGACAGGUUCAAGUUCUCCUGUAGUCUCCAGGCGGCGCCGGUGAGCUUAAUGCUGAGUGCAUCAUUUCGUCAUUGGCGUGGCCUCUUCCCAGAUUUUUUUGUAUUCCCUCUCUCUCUCUCUCUCUCUCUCUCUCUCUCCCUCUCUCUCCCUCUUUCUCGGGCAUGCUUUUUUUUUCAAUUUCUUGUAAUUAUCAUUCUGUUGUCGUGUAUUAUGAAUUUUGAUCCAUUCUUUCGGUGUUGUAAGAUAAAAGGGCGGGUACAGGUGCUGCUGCACGGGACCAUCAAAUUGUAUAAUCUCCAACUCUACUAGAAUAUUGUCUCCAUGAUUUCUGAAGAUACCACAACUUUGUUUAUCUGAUGAAGUUGCUGCUCUGCA